AUGGUCAUUGAAGAUAUGAUGCCAUUGCCAAACUCCAUGGAAGGAAUUUCUGGAUCAUCUCUACCCUCCAAUUCUCUCCUCUUGAAUCUCUCUAUUCUCAAAGAAAAGUUCAACCAAGUGCAAACUCUUGUAGGUGUUAUUCUCUCCCCAAAUCAUCAAGACUCAUCAACUAACUCCAUGGCCAUAUCCAGCAUGAACUCAACAAUACAAGAAAUGAUAGUAACCGCCACAUCAAUCAUGUUCACUUGCCAACACAUGGCUCUUAGUUUUCCUCAAGGUACUACUACUUCUAAUGCAUGCACAAACCUAGAAUUGCAAAAGGCACAAUCUAAUAUUCAUUCAAACUUUGACAACAAUAUUAACACAAACAUGGAUCUUAGAGGUCAAAGUCAAAGCUUGUUUUUUAGUAAUGAGUUAGAACAAUUGGAUUGGUUUAGUGAAAGCUAUAAUAGUAACAUUAAUUAUAGGCUCAAGGAUGAUAUUGAUGAUCAAAGGGUUGAUCAUGAAAUUUGUGAAACCAAUAAUAGUAUAAAAGAGUCUAACGAACCUAUUCUGAUGAAGAAUAAUCGUGAUCACGAUAAUAUGAGCCUAAAAUUUGGACCGUCUUAUCCAUUAUGUGACGAUGAGAUAGUUGAAUUAGACGCGUCGGAUUUAUUAGCUAAGUAUACACAUUAUUGUCAAGUUUGUGGUAAAGGGUUCAAGAGGGAUGCAAAUUUGAGGAUGCAUAUGAGAGCUCAUGGGGAUGUGUACAAGAGUAGUGCAGCAUUGAGCAAUCCAAUCAACAAGAAUAAAGACUAUUUGGUGAGUAUGAAAAACAAGAAAUAUUCAUGUCCUCAAGGAGGGUGUAGAUGGAAUCAAAAGCAUCUCAAGUUUCAACCAUUGAAGUCAUUGAUUUGUGCUAAGAAUCAUUACAAGAGAAGCCAUUGUCCCAAAAUGUAUGUGUGCAAGAGGUGUAAUCAGAAGAACUUCUCAGUUCUUUCUGAUUUGAGGACUCAUGAGAAACAUUGUGGUGAUCUUAGGUGGCAAUGCUCAUGUGGCACUACUUUUUCUAGGAAAGAUAAGCUUAUGGGACAUGUUGGUUUGUUUGUAGGACACCACCCUGUUAUCAACGGUUUGUCAUAUAGUACUCACACAAAUUAA